AUGGGGCUUACCUUCACGAAGCUCUUCAGCAGGCUCUUUGCCAAGAAAGAAAUGCGAAUUCUCAUGGUGGGUCUCGAUGCCGCUGGUAAGACUACCAUAUUGUAUAAGCUCAAGCUCGGAGAAAUUGUGACCACCAUCCCUACCAUUGGAUUUAAUGUGGAGACAGUAGAAUAUAAGAACAUCAGCUUCACUGUGUGGGAUGUCGGGGGUCAAGACAAAAUCCGUCCAUUGUGGAGGCACUACUUCCAGAACACACAAGGUCUUAUUUUUGUGGUUGAUAGCAAUGAUAGGGAUCGAGUUGUUGAGGCAAGGGAUGAAUUGCAUAGGAUGUUGAAUGAGGAUGAACUGAGGGAUGCUGUUCUGCUUGUAUUUGCCAACAAACAAGAUCUUCCUAAUGCAAUGAAUGCCGCAGAAAUAACUGAUAAGCUUGGUCUUCAUUCUCUCCGCCAACGUCACUGGUACAUCCAGAGCACUUGUGCAACCUCUGGAGAGGGUCUGUACGAGGGGUUAGACUGGCUUUCCAACAACAUUGCUAGCAAGGCAAGCAUGAGAGUCAAGGUCAAGGAGUUUGGUUGCUUGACUUGGAGAUUCUGGGGAGGAUAG